UACUCUACAUAGGUAGCGUUCGCUAUCGCAAACCAGCGUAGUAUUUAGUGGAUGCUCUAUUUAAUCCAUUGUCGGUGGUGGCAGGAUGGGCCGGUCCGUGGAUAUUGCUGGCUGAGUCAAGUGCAGGAGCAUUCGCCUGGAACGCUUUGUGUGGCUCGGUGGCUCACUGUGGAAUCUGCACGUGCCCUCGCCACACGUGUGCCUUGACGCACCAUAACAUCGGGACUGUGUAUACUUGUUCAGUGAGUGUACGCGACUCUUAACAUCUUGAAGAUGAUCGUCAUGUGAAAUGGUCGAUAUUCAGUGAAUAGUGUUUUUUAAUUAAAUUUUUAUUUACUAGACAAUAAGGCAUGAAAUGUAAGUUCAUUGUCUGUUCUUGUUUUUAUUACUGGCUUUCUCUAAACAAUAUUAGUGCUCAGAGAUAUUUGAGGGCUAAGGCGUACAGAAAUAGGAAUAAAUGUAAACAUAUCAUCUAACCGCAUUUAGAUCAAUUCGCGUAUAAAGCGCUAUAUGAACAAAGAUUUUUCCUAGCUUACCAUUUUGUACGUAAAACCGCCGUGGUAUAUUUUAACUUAGAGGUGAUUAGAAUUUCAAAACACAUAGGGAAGGCCUACAUGCUCAGUCAGGUGCUGAGAAUAAAAUUACGUAAUAUGGAUAACGUUAUAUAGUAUACUUUUACACAAUACCUUGUUUGUGUUGGGAGAUUACCAGUGAGGACGAGCGCGACCUAAUAAUGGCUUCUCAAUCUGACAGUAGUUACAAAAUACAGUUACAAAGUAUUUACCAAAGGAACGAAUUUAUCUCGAUUCUUGAACGAUAUAUGUUAUCUGUUAUCAGAUGGUGUCUGAAGGCAUUGUUUGGUAAAAAUGUGUUAUUAUCAAACAUGAAGUCUUCGUGACACUAACAGUCUUAUAGUUUUAUUUAAAAAAGUCAGUCUAAAUUGAUCGAUUACUGUAACCAGAAGCUGUGUGAGUUUUAGUGACGUAUACGUGAUAAACAGGAAUUUAUGUGCGUAUAAUUCAAUACAGUAUCGUGAAUAGUGUAAUUGUUAACCAAAGAAAUCGCCAAAUAUCAUUAAAAUUAUAAAUACUGACAUUGUGAAGACAUCAAAAUGCCUGAGAUAGGACCGAUGAUGCGCGCACUCGAGCUGCAGAGGCUGAUAGAGGACAAAGUCGCGGAAUGGCGCGAAAGGUCAGCUCGGGUCGCCGGAGCAACCGUAGCCGACUCUUAUCAACAGCCACUCAACUUUAAACGACACACAUAUAGACGCAAGAAUAGCUCUGAAAUAAACAGAAUUAUCGCAAAAUAUUCCAAGCCCACUAAGCGUGCGGACGAACCCUAUUCCGUAGUGCGCAACACGCCCGAAUCCACCCCAAAACGACCACCGAGGACCAAAAAGCUAUCGAACAUAAAAGUGUUAUCCAAAAGUGAAGACAAUUUGACAAGCAUCGGAGACAUGGAACUUGGAACGGAUCCAAAGCAAGAAACCAGGCCUUAUUUCACUUUGUCAAAAUACAACACAAAAAGCUGCGAAGAUGUAACCGCAUUUGUCGACAUUCACCACAAUGUGAAAAGCAAAAAUUUUGAACAGAACAGUAUAUUAAAUUCAAAGACAGUGGUACAAACUAGAAGGCCUAAACUUCACAGUAUUUGCGAAGGAGUCACAGAUGUAUCAGAGUUCUCAGACAGUGGUAUUGAAUAUGACAAGUCUUUUACUACAUCGACCCCUAUGUCGAAAAGGAAAACAUGUUCGGGUGGAUUUGCUUCACCAGUGGACUUUGAAAAGUGUUCUAUAAAUUCGACCAGGGUUGGUGAUCUUAGGAAAGGUGUUUCCGAACCGAACAUCCUCAGUGCGGACGCUAGUGGAAGUGCAAGUGCUAGUUCAGUGAAUACAAAGACGAUGGAUUUUAGAAAGCGGUGGAAGAUGUUAAAGCCCCCAUUCAAAAAAGGGGCUUUCGAUUGUUUACUACUGUGGCGUGGGAAGAAACAAAACACGGCAGAGACCACCAAGCAUCAGAAAAUACAAGAAGUAGACGACAGUUUCUUCGAAAAAUUUGGUUCUAUACUUAAGCAAGCUUCUCAGCGUGCGGCUUUAGAGGAAUCCACUCCCUUAGCUCCUUUGAAGGAGGCUGAAGAGCAAGAUGGUGAACAGAAGCUUGAAGCUGACCUUCAGGCAGAAAGUAGAAGCGUGUUGAGGGACUCUGACAGCGGGAAUGAGACCUUACUCGACACUGACUCGGAACCAGAUGAGCAUGAGAAAAUAGAUCGCUAUGCGGAGGCUAUAGGGUGGAACGUCGAUGAACUUUAUUUGGAAGUACUUUACGAGAUUUUACACAAUGUCGGGGGAUGUGACGUAAGCUGCGAGGUAGGGCAGCUAGCGAUGCUGUCUUACAUACAAGAAGCUUUCAAGAUAGCCAAUGAUAAGCACACGGAACUCCUAACACAAGCUGAAGCCAAAGAACCUCCAGAAUUAAUGUUAAAUGUUGAAGUAGUGGAAGCUAAAGACCUUGUUCCUAAGGACCCGAAUGGUCUGAGCGACCCCUUCGUCACAAUCUACCUGAUGUCGAACCCCACGCAUAGGUACAACACAUCUGUAAAGUCUGGCACUCUAAACCCCAUGUGGGAGGAACACUUCUCACUGCCAAUGCCCGGUAGUGUACAAGAAGACUCCCUCGUACUAGAAGUAUGGGAUUUUGACCCCGCUGAGACUGUCAAAGAGAAAAUGACGAAGAUAUUUGAAGUGAAAGGAGUCAAAGGACUACGGAAACUGAUGAAGGAAAUAGCUAUCACUGCCUCAACAGGGAAACAUGAUAAUGAACUGAUUGGUACUUCUAAUAUACCACUAAAGUCGAUACCCGCGGGCGGGAUGACGAUGUGGUUCAGUCUCAGCAAGAAAAGCAAACUGAGGCGUCAAGGCGUUGUCAAAGUACGUCUUAACUAUUCCUCAGAGAAGAACGCUCAAGUCGCCGCGCAAGAGCACAGACAUCUACUUAGAAUUAUACUUCUGCACGAGCUUGAGAAUUCUAAGGUGGCCCCGUACUGGUGGUGCGGCAACUUCAGCGCGGCGGCGGAGGCCAUCCUGACGCAGCACGCGGCGCAGAGCGGGCUCAGCGCCGCCGACAACUGCCUCGUGCAGUGGGCCGUGUACUGCGCCGUCACCGCCGACCAUCCGCUCAGCUUCGCACUCUUCAACACGCUGCUGGACAAGAUCACCAAGCCUUUGCAGUCUGGUCUGAUAAAUGAAGAGGACGUCAAGCUGUUCUGGGAUGGUGCUAGAAAACUGCUCCCGACAUGCUAUAGCCACGUUAGGAAGCUCAGGAAGAAGACAGCGGGCGAUAAAACAGUCAUGAAGACUCUCAGGGAAGUCCUUAAAAUCCUAUACAAGUUAUCCGUUUUGGAUGCCCCUGAAAACAUGGACAUGUUCCCAGUGAACCUGUACGGUUGGCUCAGAGACGACAAGAGCAAGCCAACUAUCCUCGAAGUAUUAAACCAGGCGGUGAUACAGGGUGCUUCGGAUUGGUUCGUGCACAUAUUAGACAAUAAUGAGUGCAAGGAUAACACAGAAGAUACCAGACUACAGCAUUUGAUCAGAGUGAUACAAUUAGUCCGAUCUGACCUGCAGAGAGCAGUGGAAUAUUACGACAGAGUGUUUGUUGAGGUUAUGAACUUCCCCUAUUCAAAGACCUUGUAUGGGCUAUACGAAGGGAAGAUCGCGUCAUUAGUGGAACCUGAAAUAAUCGAGGUGUGCAAAAGUCUCAAGAGGUUGCGGUAUAGUAGUGAGGGUUCUACAACAACACUGGCCGGUGGUAUCAACGGGGAGACGGGACUUGGUUCGUCGUCUGUCGGGUCCGAGCCCUUGACUAUGGGAACAACACUUUUCGAACUGUAUCUCACACUACAAAGGUUCUUAACGCUAGGCCAAGGUCUCAACGAGACAGACUGGCAGUCAUACGCCAUAUCGAAGUUCCACGCGUGGUUCUUCGGGGGCGUGGCACAAUGGCUCGAUAUCGCCGCUUACAAAGCCCUCACGCGCAUUGAAAAGGCCGUGGACCUUGAUGACUUGGCCCCAGUAGAUACCAAUGUUAAGUACAGCAGUUCCGGUGUCGAUACCCUGGCUAUCUUCUAUCAGAUCAAGAUCUUUUGGCAGCAGCUGGCGUGGCCUGAUGUCGAAGGAUGUUAUACUUUUGUAGCGAAAAUUAUUGAUGACAUUUGCCGCUGCUGCGUGUUCUACUCGGACAAGAUGGCGUCGCGCGUGGAGGGCCUGGGCGCGGUGAGCAGCGUGUUCGAGGCGCGCUUCGAGGUGACGACGGAGUGGUGCGUGGCCAUCAACAACAUCGACUACGUGCGCCAGAGCCUCGCGCCCUUCGUGCGGGAGCUCGCCAUGGACGACAUCAUACACCGCAUGUGCGAGGCCCGCUCGCCUAUAGAGGCGCAGAGAUGCAAAGAAACACUUCAAAACGUCAUCGCCAAUGCAAUAGAUACUGUUAGAAAUAAAAUUGUUGAUCUUUUAGAAGUUAUGGUUAAAAAGAUGAUGCCGUCCAUCACCCGUUUCUUGAUCGAGGGCGCGGAACUAUUACAUCAAGACUGUUCAAGUAUGGACCGCGUUAUGCGCUACUUAGAAGCGAACCUCGACACAUUAUACCAACAUUUAAACAACGAAAACUUCUCGAGAACACUCGAUAUCGUAUGGGAUCAACUUGGAAAAGUACUUUAUGAACUCAUACAGGCGAACUUAGAGCACCGAAGGGCAAAGAUAACUCACUAUAUCGACCCGAGACGCUUGAGCAAAUCGGCAGCCGCCAACCUCGACGCGAAACGUCGUCCACCAGCUUUCUUCUCGAAUCUCCACGAAUGCCUGAAGAUAAUGAUCAGAUCGUUCAGACAAGACAACAGUGAGGCGUAUUCCUCUGAGACACUGAAGCGCGUCGAGUACUUGCUGAAGCUUCACGGCAUGGAGACGAGGGAACUGAUACACCAGUUCCAUUUGGAACGGUGGCAGGAACAACAGACCAUACAGGAGCCUAAGAUGGGAAUGUUGACUGUGAGAGCACAGUUUAUUGAUGAUAAUCUGAAGAUUGAAAUUAUGAAUGCGAGGAAUUUGAUGCCAGCGGAUUCGAAUGGUCUUUGUGAUUCCUACGUCCGAGUGGCCUUACUACCCGAAGAUACGUUUGCAAACGUACAGAAACCGAAAACACAAACACAUAAUAAGAAUUUGUUCCCGCUUUACGAUGAAAUGUUCCUCAUCCCUCUGACCCCCGAGCAGCGUGGCACUGCAGACGGGCUGAUCCACUUGGUGAUAAAGGACAAGGACAUGUUCAGCGUGAGCAACACGUUCGUGGGCGAGUGCUACCUGCACUUCAGCGAGGUCCCGCACACGCCCGCGCCCAUCUCCAGCCUGCCGCAGCAGCUGCUGCCGCUGUCCCGACCCACCAGCAUCGACGGCGAAGCAAUAAAAGCACUUGAAACCCGACAAGGCGACAGACAAGCGCGAGACUUCAUUAAGAAACAGAGAGCUAAGUUCCCCAGCAAGCAGUUCUUCUCACUGGGCUGAGAAUAUACCUACAUAAUACUUAUGAUACGCGAAUACCAGAUGUAUAGCAAGCGCGCGUAAGAGGCUUGACACGCCUUAGAAUAUUUUGGGAACAGGAGGCGUAAUGUAGAGUCUUGUCUCUCUUCUUCAACUCUAAAGAGGUUAUGAUAGACCCUCAAAGUUUAACCUUUUUGGACAUUAUUUGACGUGUACAAUUUGUUCGAAAUAUAAAUAACAAAACACUUUACAGUACAGAAGUCAAACCAAGUAUAGGGUUACAAGGGUAUUGUAGUUCAAUAUGUAUUAAACAUCAAUAUGUAAACUAUUGAUCUACAUAUUAGUAUCAAGGUUACGCGUGUAAGGUGUCGCGCUUGCUAUUGACAUCUAUAAUUAGACUAUCAGACGUAUGAACGACGUUUUAAAGCCAUGAUUGUUCAAUUUACACAAUUUUCAAACUUAGAAAAUAGGUCAUUCACAACCGUAACAAAACUAAAUGACUUAAAACGUCAUAAUAUAUUGGUAUACUUCUCCGGCGUAUGAAAGGCUAAAGUUGUGUAACAUAGGGGUUCAAAAUCCUGUUUUAAGUACUGUGAUUAAUAGAAUGAAAAACAAAUUACUAUUGAAACGCAUUUUAUUUUGUUCAUGGUACUUGAAAAUAAAAACUCCUUAUCCUUUCACAUGUUGGGGUUUCGACUGUAUAUAAAAUGCUUGCUUUUAACGCAUAAUAGAAGCUUUAGGCUGUGGUAAUGAGGCUCUAAUAAGUCCGAGUAUACUAAACUAUUUAUAAAUAAGUGAUAUUUAAAAUGUAAAUUAGUUUCCAAUUUUAUAAAUGAAAUUGUGAAAAUGUCUGCUGUGUUUCCAGGUGUUUUCGAAUGUAUAUUUAAUACUCUUAUUUUUGCGUAAUUUUGUAAUAAUAGGAUGAGUAUAUGGAACUGCCAUGAAUGUAAUAAGUUUUUAUGUAUGUGUGCGUGUAGCCUCGUAACUGAGUAGUUGAUAUCUCCUGAAUGUUAUUUUUUGUUACAGACUUAAUAAAAUGUAUGGAAAGACUAUAUAAUAUGUGAAGUUCUACUGAAACUGUAAAUGAAUUUUCUUGUUUGGUCUGUUUGUGUUAGCAAAUUCAUGAGCAAUAUUCGAUAUUAGAACUUUUUGAUAAGAUUUCAUCAAAACAUUUUCCACGCAUUUUUAUCGACAAUAAUGAUUUUGAAUCUCUCAUUUAGUAAAUAGGCCGUUCGAUCAUCAUUGUAUCACAAUUUAUUUACAAAAAGCCGUACAGUUUUUUCAAUACCCGGUUGAGUAAAUAUACGUCAAAAAGUUUUACAGAAAAAAAAAUACAUAACGUUAUUUCAAACGUUUCUUACAUACUUCUUAUUAAGUAUCUUUAUUCUCCGUUUAAAUACUGUUUUCCGGAAUCUUAAGAUUUACAAAGCUCAACAAAUAGAAAAUCGUUUCUUUAAAUCGCUUUGUAGAGAAAUAUUGUACACCUUGGCUUACUUUUGUGUACCUCACUCGUAAGGUGUUUUGUACAUGAUGGAAGGCUAGUCUCCAAUAUCUCUCGACUAUAUGAUCCAAUGACACGUGCCUGUGAACGUAACUCAAUAAAUUUGUAUGUCUUUUUUUGUCCUUGUGCACAGAAAAGCUUUAAAGAACAUCAUAGAUUAAAGUCAAGUGAUUAUAAUUUUAACAUCUCUACGAAGAUGAUGAUUAUUACGACACAUCAAUACUUUGUCAUCUGCGAAGGUCAAUGGGUCUCUAGCAGGAACUCGACAGUCAUUAAGUUUUUGAAAUAAAAUAAUACAUUAAUGUCUUCUUGAGGUACUUUUAUUGCCUUUUAAAGUACCGCAACAAUUUAUUUCAAACUUUAAGUACAAUAUAAAUUAUACGAAAAUAUAUUUUUAUAACAUUAUAUUUAAUUGCGUUGUAAAAGAAACGUGUUGUAAGUAACUUGGGGAUGGGUGAAUAAUAAAUUUGGGGUUCGCAUCAAAAGUAUGUUAUAUCAAAUUAACAUACAUUUUUGAGGAUGUUAUAAGCAAUAAAAAUGCAUAAUAAGGUAUCAUGUAGUAAAACAAAUAUUAAGAUCGUUAAAUUUUAUUGAGGGUAUAAACGUAUUUAAUUUAGUGUCUUCCUUCUGACAUGUCGCAAUAUUGUCACAAGUAAACUUAUAAGUACUCCUUUAUAAUAAAACCUCAUUUUAUUUCAUUCGAGGUAUCUUCCUAAAGUUUGGCGCUAAAAGUAGGAGUGAAAAACAGCUUUAUAUACAAGUGUAGAGAGAGAACGUAUUUGUAGAGUUCGUCGUGACGCUUAGUGCGUGUGUCCAGCCCUUAAUGUUAGGACAUCGUGAGUCACGAGUUUAGAAUCUCGAGGGCUUUUGACACCACGUAGGGACAAUAAAUUAUCAUUAUCAUACGUUACAUAGUGGUCGGUUCGUCUUGCCAUUAUUUAGAUCUCAUCUCAUCAACAUCUUAAUUGUAUUUUAGUUUUAUUUUCAAUUGUUAUUUAUCGUUUUACAUCUAGGAAUUCUUUGUGGAGCCUUGAAAUAAACAAUAUUUAUUUGGACCGACACUCCGUACAAUUAAACUUUGGUCUUGAAAGUAAAUUGAUUGAUUAUCUAUCUAUAUAUUGUUCACUCGUUUAGUACUAGAGUAGGAGUGUGCGUAUUGUGUAAAAUUGUACAUAAACUAUAUGAAAACUGUAUAGGUACAUUUUAUAUAGUUGAAUAAAUUGUAUACAAGUUUGUAGGAUAUUAGACGAUGUGUUCUGUGAUAAAGAGAGUGCCUUAUUUUUUAUUGAGUCCAUAUUCAUAUUAAAUUGUACCUAUACAUAUAUUAUUUAUGUAUUUAAAGCGCAUAUUAUGCUAACACCUUCAAACCAUUGGAAUUAAACUGGUUGUUAUGUGAAACAUUUUUAUUUUAUGUUGAAGUAUAUCUGAAGGAUGCGAUGGAAAACUAUUCCUUUGUCUGUUAAUAUUUAUUUUGCAAAUAUACGUAUAUAAAAUA